AUGGUGACGGGCGUGGACAACUGGCAUUCGGUGCCGUCCAAUCGUCGCCCCCUUUCCUACGACGCCGAAAAGUCGCCUUGCUCCGCGGCGCUACCGGCGGCACCGUCGUCUGGCGCUGCUGGUUUUGUUGGGGCUGCCAUGGCCCGGGCAGGCUCGAGGAUUACGUUGGAAAACGCAACGAUGGACGACUGGAUCCCUGGUGCUGCAGAGACAACCACCGGGCCGCAGAACGAAACCCUCGGUCUUCCUCUGGUGAGUGAGGGAAUUUCCUCCUGGUGGCUGAACCAGACAACAAGCCAGAGCGUAGCGCAAGGGGUCAGUGCGGCUACAGCGCCGGCGACGGCUCCGGCGGCGUCAGGGACAGCCGAGCAGGGCUUCGACACGUGGUUGAUGCCAUAGAGGACGCCCUUCGCCCUCCAGCAUCGUGGCACCGACCGAGGUGUAAGCGGUCGAGCUCCUCUUCCUUCCGACCACAGCUGCGGCGGCCGCCUCGAGGCGAAAUUCGGCCUUAAAUAGCUGCCCUCUGGUAAUAUAUCAUGAUCCCCAUCGAGUGACCCAGGAGCACUCGGCCGGUGGCGGGGACGGCACCCUUUCAGCACCCACGUCCCGGAGAUAUUUUCGUUAUGCAAAGCUUGCGACGGCCUGAUCGCGGUGACUCGCGCGCCAGACGAAGCCGCUUAGGGACGGCGCGCCCCGCUGGAACCCCGGGGGCUAUGCCUGGCCGAUGGCCAGCACAUGUCUCUCAUCGUUCUUUGGGGAACUGCAUUGACCUUCGAGUAGAAUAUUAGACCGAUGGCAUGGUCGUUCCACGGUGGACGCGUUCAAGACAGGGGUGCUUGCUGUACCUCUCCCCCAUGACUGUUUUUCGGCCCAAAGAGUUGUUGGGUGUUUUGUGGUAGAUGAAGAUUCGUGUUGGGGGACCGGUGUUGGAUUGAAAACUUGAUGGGGCACGAGGUGAAGAGCUUGGUGACUAUUUACAAGGAUAACCUAAGCCUCGGGAGGCGAUUGUUUUCCUGUUUUUCGGCGAUUAAAAAAAUUGACGAAAGGGGAACGGAGCCGCCGCAAGGGAAUGCUUUUCGGGGAUUUUCUGUGACACAUUAGAAAGAAGGGCGAACACCACAAGCUGGUGUUUUCGGCGUCGUUCGCGAAGAAAAGGAUACGAAAAAUGGGCGAAGCACGACUGGUUGUGUUGAUUCAUGCAGCUGAACGGCCGCGUGUAGCAGGUUGGCGUUGCAAGAGGAUGGGGAGAUGAUUGUACCGCAGGUGGUAGGAGCCCAAUACGUAAAACGGGCGUUGAAUCAACGUUUCUGUUCGGCGGAGAACGUUGAAAAAUGGCCCAAUUGUAGUCGUUCAUCAAGAAACGGCGGUUGAUUUUUCAAUUUUCGGCAAAUGCCGGUGACCACGAACGAAAGAUCGGAGUUUACGGCGAGCGCCUCCGAGGCGCAACCUAGUCACCAGUAUCUUUGUUUUCUGUAUUCGUUCUUCCUGUGUGACAUAUUUUCUAUUUUUCGUUUAUCUUUGCUGUCUGUCGUGGUUGGAGCUUCCACCAGAAGUGUGUGUGGUGCCUGCCCACGCCCAACCCACGAACGUGUGCAGGGGGUGUUGUGCGCAUCAGGAUGUUUUUUGGUUUGGGUGGAUUGUGUCGAUGAUGGACUGAGUGAAAGGGUUGCAUGCGGGUGGGAACAUUGUUCUAUGUAGGUAUGUUUUUCAUCAAGUAGACUGGCUGUUUUGUUCCCGUUCGAGUUCCGGUUCGUCGUGAUCAUCGUUCCUUGACCUGAGAACGAGGGGGAUAUCAAGUAGUAGCUGAAAGCGUGCACACACGCGGUACGGUCGUAUGUGGAGCCAAAACCGGGCAUUCUGCUCAUAGUCGUUAAACAUUCAGCCGGCCAUGGUCGAUGGCGGGUAGUACGUACAAUGCCUCAUUCUCGAGAAAUGUAAAUAGGAAUAUUGUUGUAUGCGUGUUUUUGUUUCGUAGGCGCGAGCGCCUUGUAC